AUGCCGUGCGAUCCGGAAUUACGGUAUCAUCUCACCGAUGGCAUGACAGAAGAGAGAAGAGCGGUCGGAGAUGGCAGAUCCCCGUUUGGGGAUAGGUGGAGGCGCCAAGCUGCUUCGGGAACCACUAAACCAGAUUGGAGUCCGCUAAACCAGAACAGGAGCGGGUGGCGCCUCUGCCAUUUCGGGAAAAGCGUAGACGCCAAAACCGAUCGAGGGGCGGCCGAAUCCGGCCGCGCCGGCACAAAUGGUAUUUGUACAAGUAAAAUAAGGUACUGCUAA